AUGGCGGCUGAUAGUGCUGUCACGACGUCUCCGGCGGUUCGUUCCUUUAUUUCACUUAGAAGGGCGUCCAAGGUUAGGUCAUCUGGGGCGAGAACGCUGCCUCGCGUGGGCGUAACAGGUCACAAGAACCAUUGCCCCGCGCUCCAGGGCCAUAGAGACAAGUGCGUUGCCUCGCCACCCCCUCCCUCGCCCGUAGCGCGUACAAGCGGGAGGGGCGGGGCGGGCCUCGCGGGAAAGGGAAUUUUCCCCGGCGAAAAACACGCCAGUCGUCGGCCCCGGCAAGGUCGACGCGGCAAGGUCGUCGCCCGGGUCGACGCACCGCCCAAAACACUCGCGCUCGACCGCGUCCGAUCGUACUCGUAU